GAUUGACUUAAUGUGGAAAUGGCUGCUUAAUUAUGUCCUGGGUCCCUUUGCGAGAGCAGGGAAAAAUACAGGAAGCAAAGAUGAUAGAACAGAGCACCAAGAAGGUGAGAAAUGCCUGACAUCAAGGAGCUCCUCUUAUAUGUAAUAAAAACAAGCUGACCAAUUAUAGUAUGAAAUCAGCAUUGUAAUGCAACAGUACAGUGCUGAAAGAGGCAAAGGCUGUUGAAGGAGAAUGAAAUCCACGUCUCAUCUCCUGAAACAUUUGAUCAAAGCACGAACAGGAUCUAGAUGUCAAUUCUGACCCUCCAGAUUUCCAAAGCAGUACUGGGAAGGACUGCCAUACAGACACAGCUGGGAGCAGAAGGAAGCUUUGUGAGAGCCUUCUUUUUCCACAUCUGUAUUUCUGACCUUAGCGCUGUCAGCUGCCUUCAUGCAACUGCUCUUCUAACCCUCAGUGCCAUAACACACAGCGGUUCUGAGCAGCUCUGUUUUUCAAUCCAGACCCACCACUUUUUGCCCUGACACCCGGCAGGCUGCAAUGCUUGUGGAUCAUCAGCUGAAGUGCUAAUCAUAGGUAGUAAUGGUGGUUUUUCACAAACGCUUAUUAAUCAAACUGCUUGAGGGAAAUGACUGCACUGAUACUGGCAGCCAUACAUAUCAGUUCUUAAGGGCCCUAAUUGGGUAAUAGUAGGACAAGGGGGAAUGGUCUUAAACUGAGACAGGGGAGGUUUAGCUUAGAUAUUAGGAGGAAGUUUUUCACCCAGAGGGUGGUGACGCACUGAACAGGUUGCCCAAGGAGGCUGUGGAUGUCCCAUCCCUGAAGGCAUUCAAGGCCAAGCUGGAUGUGGCUCUGGGCAGUCUGGUAUGCUGGUUGGUACCCUGCCUGUGUCAGGAGGGUUGAAACUGGGUGAUCAUUGUGGUCCUUUUCAACCCAGGCCAUUCUAUGAUAUGAUACCAUGCAGCCAGAACUGAACUUGGGAUCCAGCUUUAUCAACCAUGGGCAUGCAGUUUCCUAAAAUUCCUUAGUGAGAUAUUAACAGGUAUGGGGUUGUGUUGUUGGCCACUUCACUUUUCCAGGUUGGCUAUCGUCUGCUGUUUGUAUCAGUGUUGUAAAAUUACAGUGUUUGCACAUCAUUAGAAGAGUAUUAAAAACAAAAGUGAUGUUUAUUUUUAAACUAAAUAGAUGGAUGUUAUUUCAAACUUCCCAAUGCUGUCUGUGCGGUGAGGGUGAGCAAUCACAGGGUUACCUCAUGUCUGGAACAGCCUUUUUCCUGGCUGUCUUUCACGGCUCUUUCACCUGGCACUGCUCAGUCUGUCUUCUCCCUCUUUGCAUUUUGUAACCUUAACGUUUCCUCCUUGGCUGCUGUUAAAAACUUCAUUCCCUUUUGUGUUAGGGAUGCCCUAAGUGUCAGCCUUUUUUCUUUUCCUUUUGCAGGAGUUUCUGCUGCAGUCACUGCAGGUUUUUUUCUUUGUCCAACAAUACCAUCUUAUCAAUGCCAAAUUCUUGUUUUAGUUUUCCAGCUGUUAUUUGCCACAUUCUCAGCUAUGUAGGGUCUCGCUCUCCUCAUGCUGUCCUCAGCUACCUGAUUUCCCACUCCUCCAAGCCCAAUUUCUGCUGCAUGGCACCAUGCCCUCUACCAGUGCCCGCUUUUCUUUCAGUUCUAUCCCACCUGCUGUUUUCUACUUGUUCCAUUCCUGAUUUUCAGCCCAGACUCCUGUUUUCAGCUGCCAUGCAGAGCUUACAUUAAAAACUUCUCUUUUAGCAUCUCUUCUUUUCUCCAAAACAGGUGACAGCACCCAAAGGAAGACAUCUGGUAAUGUGAAUGUUAGAGGAGGGGAGGAAUACAGUGUUAGCUACAGGAGCCCCCUAACAGGCAGCUUCGUGAGGUCUUUAUGAGUAAUCCUCCCCCCUUUGGCUCCAUGUAUCUGAGCGUUAAGAACUUGGUGUGUUAGAAUGUACGGUUUUCCCUGUUUGGAGAAUGUUAGAGAUAUAUAAACAUAUAUUUUAAACAAUCAAUAAAAGUUAGUGUUUGUGCACCCUGGUGGGUGGCGUUUCACAUUUCUGGUACAGCUUUCGUCAGCAAUGCACUGAACGAGCUGCUUUCCCUCUGUGCCCGAUGGUGUGAGACUUGUUUCAUCAUCCUCUCUUGUGACCGCCUUUUGCUUCCUCCUGUUUUCAGUGCAGGGGGUUCAGGCUUCAGCCAUUUGCUGUCUCAGGCUGAUUUUUCUCUGGGUAGCGUUUCAACCGUCUUAAAAAGGUAAGAUCCUCUCUGCAUGAAUGCCAUAGGAGCAUUCUGGUGACCGAUCAUAUCAGGAACGCAAUGUGUAUUACAAUCCUUUAGAAAGUCUUCCCAAAUACAUUGAUAUGUGCCUUUCAAAACUACGUCUGAAGAUCUGCUACAGCUCACAGAAUCAAGUCGUGUGUUUUUGGUUCAGUGAGUACCUCAUGAGUGAGGCUGUAUGUGUGUCUUCCUGUAGGACAGCUUUUGAGAUGAACUGGAAAACAUGGAUCUUGUUUAGUGACCGCAGAGGUUCCAGGCCAGGGCUUGUGUGUUUUUCCUAAAAAGGCCCUCUUUCAGCUGCUUUUUAACUAGAGAUGUGGGAUUUGAAGUUGAUGAAGGAAGUCUUUCUCUUGCAGGUUCUUGAGGACAACUUCCUGGCAGACAGAAGGUUGAGGUGGCUUAGGGGGAGAAAUUGGUGUGAUUUGGAGUGGAAGAAGGGUAAAGGCAUUUGCUGGAAGCUGGGUAGAGACCAUCAUACAAGCCAGUUAGGCCAUAUAGCCAAGCAGAAAGGAGAGGAAACAGAGUGAAUAAAGGAGCUGAGGUAAGGGAAGAGACUUCAGUUUGAUCAAAGCACACUGGCUUCCAAACAAACAAAAAAAAAUCAUGAAUAAAUGAAAACAGGAUAGGAAGUGAGAUUUCCAUGGUGAGUGACGUACCAACAGCAUGGUGACGUUGUUCUAAAAGUACCGAAAUGAUUAGAUAACCAGAGACUCAGAGUAGUGUCACUUGGAAGUUCUCUAGAUGCAGAAAUUACCUGAGCCAGCAGCCCCUGCUCCAGGUGGGUCUUUUGAACCCAGUUGCCCAAGGCUGUGUCACAUCGUCUUCAGCACCUGCAUGGAUGGAGAGUCCAUAACCUUUCUUGGCAAUCUGCUCCAGUAGUUGACUAGUUGAACAAAGAAACAAACACAGAAAGUAAUGAUGUUGUGUCAGCAAUACAACAGAUUGUCUGAGGUAUCCCAAUCCGUUUCUCUACAGUGUUACCCAACUUUUCAUUUCCCUUUAUUCCCUGCCCAUGUUCUUCCUCAGACCUCAUAGUGCUGUCUGCGUAGCUUGUCUUCCCUGUUAGGGAGUGAGAAGGGACCUUUAGAGGGAGCAGCGUGUCCUUUAGCUUGAGGAUAUUCCUCCCUGCACAGAUUUUGGGUUAUUUUGGUGACAAGGAUGGGAUGAAGAGAAACGUGUUGGAAAUUUGGUACAUUGACAGGGCCAUCUGAAGAAGAAAACUGGUACUUUGAGGAGAAGGGAUGGAAUUGAGGGUACUUGAACGCCGAAGAAAGGGCUGCUUCCUUCCACUGCUUGCUUAAGCCAGUCCUGUAGCUCUAGCAUGGUCUCCGUUUGUGGUUUUUGAGCAAAGUGCUUUCUGGUGUGUGAUCCUGAGCUUCUUGCUGGCACUGGAGGUGUGCAUGCAGUGGAAGCCCUGCGUUGUUAUGGCUGACCAUGAGUGAAUUGUCAGCUUCAUUUCAAUUCUGGGAACAAAAAGCUAUCUCAUUCAUUUGUUGCAUCAUCUGUGUGUGGAAGGCAGACAAUGUUACUAGCUCAGAUAAACCGAGACUCUCAGGGAAUGACUGAAUUUUCUGGAGGAGGAAUGGAGGCCCAGCAUGUGACUCUCUGUCUGACAGAAGCUGUAGCCGUGCAAGAUGGUGACAACUUAGAAAACAUGGAAGGUGUAAGUUUGCAAGCAGUUACCCUUGCUGAUGGCUCCACUGCAUACAUACAGCACAAUUCUAAAGAUGGUAAAUUAAUGGAUGGCCAAGUGAUUCAACUAGAAGAUGGUUCUGCAGCCUAUGUUCAACAUGUACCCAUGACUAAAAGUAGGGACAGCUUGCGUCUGGAAGAUGGACAAGCAGUUCAGCUGGAGGAUGGAACUACAGCAUUCAUUCAUCACACCUCCAAAGACAGUUACGAUCAGAGUGCAUUACAAGCAGUCCAGCUGGAGGAUGGAACUACUGCCUACAUUCACCACGCAGUGCAAAUGCCACAGUCAGAUACCAUUUUAGCCAUUCAAGCUGAUGGCACAGUGGCUGGUCUACAUACAGGAGAUGCUGCCAUUGACCCAGAUACCAUCACUGCUUUGGAGCAAUAUGCAGCUAAGGUAUCUAUUGAUGGAAAUGACAGUGUUAGUAGCACGGGAAUGAUAGGCGAAAAUGAACAAGAAAAAAAAAUGCAGAUUGUCUUGCAGGGACAUGGAACGAGAGUGGCUGCAAAAUCUCAGCAGAGUGGAGAGAAAGCAUUUCGCUGUGAUUAUGAUGGCUGUGGAAAACUGUACACAACAGCUCACCAUCUUAAGGUACACGAAAGGUCACACACAGGAGACAGACCAUAUCAGUGCGAACAUCCUGGAUGUGGUAAAGCUUUUGCAACAGGGUAUGGAUUAAAAAGUCAUAUCCGAACGCACACUGGUGAAAAGCCGUAUCGGUGCACAGAAGAAAACUGCACCAAGUCAUUCAAGACUUCAGGAGACCUACAGAAACACAUCCGGACCCACACAGGCGAAAGGCCCUUUAAGUGUCCUUUUGAAGGAUGUGGCAGGUCGUUCACAACAUCUAACAUCAGAAAGGUUCACAUCAGGACACAUACAGGUGAAAGACCUUAUUACUGCACAGAGCCAGGAUGUGGGAGAGCUUUUGCCAGUGCAACUAACUAUAAGAAUCAUGUGAGAAUACACACAGGGGAGAAGCCCUAUGUCUGUACAGUUCCUGGUUGUGAUAAACGUUUUACAGAGUAUUCCAGUUUAUACAAACAUCAUGUUGUACAUACUCAUUCCAAACCAUAUAAUUGUAAUCACUGUGGAAAGACAUACAAGCAGAUUUCCACACUUGCUAUGCACAAGCGGACAGCACAUAAUGACACAGAGCCCAUUGAAGAGGAACAAGAGGCUUUUUUUGAGCCACCUCCAGGUCAAGGGGAAGAUGUUCUGAAAGGCUCACAAAUAGCCUACGUGACAGGUGUAGAAGGAGAGGAUGUAAUUUCUGCACAGGUUGCUACAGUUACUCAGUCAGGAUUAGGUCAACAAGUAGCGCUAAUUUCCCAGGAUGGAACCCAACAUGUCAACAUAUCUCAGGCAGAUAUGCAGGCCAUUGGAAAUACAAUCACUAUGGUAACACAAGAUGGCACCACUAUCACAGUCCCUGCCCACGACGCCGUCAUCUCUUCUGCAGGAACACAUUCUGUAGCAAUGGUUACUGCAGAAGGCACCGAAGGACAGCAGGUUGCCAUUGUGGCUCAAGACUUAGCAGCGUUUCAUAGCACCUCACCAGAAAUAGGACAUCAACAACACGGGCACCAUUUAGUGACCACAGAAGCUAGACCUGUUACAUUGUUGGCUACAUCCAACGGAACACAAAUUGCAGUACAGCUGGGAGAACAACAGUCUCUGGAAGAAGCCAUUAGGAUAGCCUCCAGAAUACAACAGGGUGAAACACCGGGAAUUGAUGAUUAACUUCUAAAACUGCUACCAGAACAAUAGAGUGAAAGGUAUUUUAUUUUCAAACAGCAAAGGUCCAUGCCAGCAGCAAUCCACAAAACCUUUGAAGUUCCCCGCUCAUUGAUACUGUGUACACAUUUUAUGCAAGAGCAAAGAACGUUUUGUAAGUGUUGUGUACAUAACCCUGGGAAUGGACUGACGUCAUCUACUUCCAACUGUUGUAUAUUCAGGAAUAUGGAAUUAGGAUUAUAUAGUAAAUUUCCUUGUUAUCCUUUCAUCAGAUUUCAGACUGGUCUACAAGCAAGUUAAAAACAAAACAGAAGUAUUGGAGUUAAUUUUUAGUGUCAUGUACAAAUAAUGAAGGCAUUACUGAAGAUUUGAAGUGUUGUCAAGACUAUAACAAAAUCAUAAUUUCAGGAACCCUUUCAAGUUAUAAAGAAGACAGAGCCUUUUCAGUUGUUUUCCAUACAUGGAAAAGUCAUGGAUUUUGAGCCUACUGUAAACCUUCGUAUUUUGAUUUGUUUCAUACAGAUUUGAAUACUCUUUAGAUUACCCACCCCGUCUCAUUCACUGUAAAUACAGAUUGUUAAUGCUGGAAGUGCUAAUUGUAUUAUCUUUAAAUUGGAUUAUGUACAAAGGAGAAACUUUGGUUGUUCAAUAUUAAAAGAAGUAAAUCUAAUGAUUUCGUUUCUUUACAUAUUUUACUUAAGAUGUUACUCUGAAAUUAUUAUGCAAUAAAAGAUAACGAGAUUGUAUUAUCUAGAUAGGAUGAUAUUGUUCUGUGACAUACUGUUUUACUUUUAGUGGGACAAGUUAAAUUAUUUAUUUACAGCCUUGUAUAAUUUUUUUCCCAAAGUUUAUUUAUCAUAAAUUUAAAUUUUUGACUAACUCGUUUGACUGCGGUCCACUGAAGUAUGUGAAGUAAUCAGUGCUAAUUGUUAUUUUCAGCAUUCUGAAGCACUACAGAAAUGAUUACAAAGCAUAAUUAGUCAACUGAUUUUGACUUCAAAGUAAACUAGGAGUUUUCAUGAGGAAUAUGUUCAAAUGGUGCAUUUGGGGCAUAAAUACAUGUACUAAUAGUCUAUUUUCAACAGUUCUGAGUGCCUGCAGCUACUGUUCAUUACCUACGAUGUGCUGAUAACCAAUGGUUUUGAAAAUCAGGACACAAGUCACUAGAAAAAAAAAAAAAAAAGGAUUAAUUAAGGAUUAUGUAAGUACAGUGCUCCUCUCCACCUAUCAUUCUAUACAGGAAAAAAUUUGCUGUAGAUGAAUCCUACACGGUACUGUAAGAUGUAACUUAAAACUUUUUAUACGGAAAAAUGUCUUUACUUGUCUUGUUAUUAAGCUUGUUGAGCAAGUUGAACUUUCUUGGCUUCCUGUAAGACUCAGUGCUUACUGUAGAUGAGUGUCGAGAGCACUUCUGAAACUGAAGCCCCACCUUUAUCUUUCUCAAGGGAAGGAUUAAACAUCUUGGGGAUGAAACGUUGAUCAAGCAGUCAUUUUGUAUGUCUUGUGAGGGUCUCAUUUUGCAUUAAAAAAAAUGUAAGUUAAGAACUAUGUACUUGGAGGUAUUUGACAUCAAAAGGGCCAUGCUGAAUUUAAUGUGAUUGACUGUAUCAAUACGAGUUGCAGCUUUUUAUGCUUUUCAUACAGAUGGCCAACUGCAAAAUGCCGUGAGAGAACACAGUACUAUGGGUUAAAGGUGGUCAAAAUCCAGAGCUGUUACAAAGCAAAACUUGAAAACAUUGAGGUUGUCUGCAACCUUCCUGUAGGACUGAGGCUGUUUACUUACUUAGAUGCCAGAUUUCCUGAAAUUUUAAGUAAUUUUGAUGUCCCGUGGAGAUAAACUGUACUAUGCAAAGAGGUUAAUUACAUGUCAACUAGAUCAGUUUCUUAGUUUUUACGACCUUUUAGAAAUUAAAGGUGUAUCAUUUGCCAUGAACGUUCAAGUUUUUUUCUUAAAUUUCAUUGCUAAUAGUUUUUGGAAACGGUGGCUGGAAGUGACUUAGCACAGAAAUAACAUCAGUGCCUCUCAUUUCCCAGGACGCUUUCUGACCGUUGUACAAAUGUGAGUAUUACGUCUUCCUUCAUACUAGUUAGUUUCCUGCUAGGUAUUGAAAACUAGCUUGAUAAGGAAAAAAUGCAAAAUAUUUCAGUGGUUUUUCUUGUAUCUUACCAGUUGUUCUUGCAAAACUCCUGCAGUCAAAGGUCGUGCUUCCCCCAUAGCAUAGCUACCCCUUUUCUUUAUAGGAAAACAUACUUAAAUACUGAAUAAACAAGCCAGACUGACUUAGACUGCUUAGUCUUGAAAGAGAAGCAGAGAUGAUUAUAUGCAUUUUCACUGUGAGGCCUUGUAUGUAUAACAGACUUGUUUUUAGAGUGGAGAGUCCUCUGUGAUUUUCUGCCUGUUUCCCAGGAGUGGAAGGGAACCGUCUUGUGUGCAGAUACUGCCAUUGGAAGGGUCUGUAGUGGAGAUUACACGGGUUGAAAUUGGGUGAGGUAGGGAUCUUGGUGAAAAGGAUUUCAGGAGGAGGAAGCAAAGAAUAUGCCCCAAAGGACUGGGUGGUAGGCAGUAGAAAUCUCUUCUAUUUCGCCAUAGAUUUUACUCCUCUUUUCGAAUGUUCUGUUUCAAAGGGAGUGGCACACUGGAAGAAGGAAUUGUAAAAGAGGGACCAUAUGAAGUAGAGCAGCCCUUCCUCUUAGAAAUUGGCUCCCACAUUUCCAGCAUUCCCAGUCACAAUUUUCUUUCAGACUUGUUUUCCAGCAAUAAGUCAACUCUUUCCUUAAAGGAAAAAAGAACAAGAAAAACAAGCCAUCUCUAGACUUGGCAGUCAGCACUGGGGGAUUUGCUUUUCUUUACAGUAGUUCAGUGCCUCUCCAGAUAGUAAAAACAGAGAGGCAGUUAUUAGAGGUGCUCCAGCCUGAUGACCUUUUGUGCCGGAGGCACUAUGCAUAACAAUGGGACAGUUUUUACCCUAAAGAGCUUAAUGCCAAAGCACACAUGAAUAGGCUGAAGCUGCAAGACUGUGUUUUUAGAAGAGUAAAUCCUGAAGCCUGACAACAAAGUUGUAAAAAGCCAUAAUCCCUGAUAGUAUAAGUAAUCUCAGCGAUCAGUCAGCUGACUGAUACCAGAGAUAGUCAAGCACAGUAUGGGAGGAAAAAAAGGACAUGUGAUGUCUGCCUAGCAUACAACAGAAGGAGAAAGCUAAUAGUCCAGAUAAACAAAAUGUAGGAGCUUGGAGAGCAGCUCUUCCUAAACCUUACUCUAGUUCCUAACCUUCAUUAAAAUGUGGGGAGCAAUUUGUUUGACGGGAUGUUCUGGCUUCUCUGACAGUCGUGCUGUACUAGAAUACUGAAAGAUCCCUUGUGUGCUGCAUACUUCUCAGGAGACAGAGCCGAGAAGCUAUUUAAUCAGUUUUAACCACUAGGAAAAGAUGGCAGAGUAAGGAUGUGAGGAAGACCUGUUUGAACUCAGCAACUUAACAGCGGCAUCUGUUAAACUCAGGCUGUAUACCUUAGGGUGACCAUAGCUCCAGCUUAAUCAGAAUGCAUAAGUACCCUAUAACGAACCCAUCCCAGUCACUUAGUUUGUCUUUGAAGGGUAAUAAUAAGAUGUGCAGUACAGAUUUCGGCGGAGUUUUCAUGUAUAGCACAGGUGUAGGGCAGGCAGGAAAAUGAUUUCUAAAGGAGCAAGCUCUUAAUUUCUAGAAGACUGGAAAACUAGAAAUGAAGGGUAACUUGUAUCCUGUUCAGCUAAUUACAGUUGUUUGACACUUCAGAAAGAUAUUAUUUCACCUUUCUCAAAAAAUACCAGAAUGAACACGUGCCUUGUCUGCACAGAUGCAGGUGCAUAAAUUCAGACUCCGGCUCAUUGUUGAUAAUAAUGUACUCCUAUUUCUGCAAAUCAGUAUGUAUUUGAGUACUGGAUCUCCCAAAAGUAUUUACUGCUCCAUUGGAUAAAAGCCUUUUGAAGCUUGAACCCCUGUGACAGGAGACCAAAAGCCAGUCUUGGCUCCUGUGCCUUAAAUAGCAAAUUAUACUCAUAAGUCAUAUAAAUCAGCAAUUUUUGUUGUCAUGUUGUGUAAUGAAAAUGUAGCUUAGGUGUUUGCAGCAGUUUUGGCGAUCCUUUGAUGUUCCAUUGGUGUUAUUUGGCCAGCAAAGUUCACUUGGCCAAAGGAAUAUCUGACAGUGCAAUUAGACUGCCACCUUUAAUAGUAAUUGGCUGGCACCUGACCCCACCGUUAAUGUGAUAGCAGACUUUUUCAACUGAAGAGUUAUAUUCAAAGCAGACUUGAUUAUCCCAAUAAACACACAAGCUUAUAUCAACAAGGAAGCAUUUUGUCCCACAGAGUCUGUGUGUUUUUCUCUAAUGGAAACGUGACCCUCUUAAAUCCCACCCAGCUCAGGUUUUGAAGAACUAAGAGAUCCUGUCUGGAUUCAUUUUGUUCUGUUUAAAUUACUUGAAGCAUUUCACUCAAAAGAAUGACAAAACGUUGAUACUUUUCGAGCACAAAUGAUUGCAUGGAAAAAAAAGAGAAGUGUCUUAGUAAGUUUUUACCUGCUUAUCUGCAUCUCUUGCAAGAUAUCUUACAUGCAAUGGUACACACAAGAGAUUAUUAAAAUAAGGUGCAGUAAAUUUGAGAAAAGGCAGAGUACGUUUAUGAUUUUGUAUGUUUCCUGGAAGGGGAAUAGACAGAGGUUAGCGAUGCUGGUGAAUUAGUGACUGUUUUGUUUGUGUGCGUGGGUCAUUUUGAGGCUUUCAGUCUUCUGAUGAUUUUAACUUCACUUUGGCACAGGAAAGGGGCAUUCUCGUUGUACCUGAUGUUUUCAGUCAUGGCAAUCAUUCUCUCUUCAAACUACAGGAGUGCAGUGUAGCACUCUGCAAAUGUCAGACAAUUUCUGAUCUCAAUACAACUCACAGAUCACAUUCUUCUGCUGCUUUCUUUGUAACCAAAGGCAGAAAUGCAUGCAGAAAGGGUGUCAUUAAGGCCUGAUACAGAGUGUAUGCUUUCGUUGUUAUAGACAAAUAUUGAGGAAUCGUGCCUGACUGCUUGGCAAAAUCUGGUUGCUUUUUAAAAUAUAACUUCUUUCUGAGUACUUUCAGAUCUUUCUUUAAAUUCCUUUAUUUUGGGCCCAGAAUUUCUUCUUUGACAGGAGGCUGUCAAAUUCCCCUUUCUGUUGUCCACCUCCUUCUCUUGCUCUUGUGUUCACCCAGGAAGUGCAAAUAACAUCAUUGAGAAAUGCUCUAUCUACAUGAAGAGUAUGGGCUGAAAAGAGUAAAAGGACUGGCAGCAUCAACUACAAGCUGCUGUAGAGUUUCUGACUUUCAUAGAGGCAACCUGACUUUCCUUUUCUUCAGCUUUUCCACUUUGUUUUUCCUUCUCAUAAAAUGAACCAGUUUCAAGAUUAUGCUGGCUGCUCUACAAUGGGUUUCAUCCAGUUUUUGGCAGAACUCUUCCAAUUUGAUCACUGUGGUUUUGGGGGACUGCAGAUGAAGUUGUAAGUGCAGGAAAUCCUGACAAGUAGGCACUGUGCUCCUUUCUGUGGCAGUUUCCUCUGACAGCUAGACAAAUUGGCCAUUGUUUCACUUCUUUCCCAUUCAUUGUUAUUUGGGUUGUCCUGUUACCCCUUGAGCUUGAAAACUCCUAGUUAAAAGCUGUUGGUUAUCGGUGAGAGUGUGCUGCCCUGAUAAGCAUUUCUGGUAGCAGAAAUCUUGAGUGCACUGGACUGAUACAUUUUUUAAUUUAAAAACAAGUAGUUUAAAAAAAAUUGCAAAUAUAUUCUGAAAAUAAAUUGAAUUCCUAUGAACACUGCACUAUUGCUAGGUAAGUGCUGCCUGGACAUCAGGCUAUACAUCUAUGCACAGGGUCAGGUUUUUAUUUAUCGUGAUCUACAGAAGCUCAAAGGUGCAAUUUAAUGAGCUGCAGAGAAUUAGGGCUGAAUUUGGCUCCAAGAGCAUAGGGCAGGAGAAGACCACUCAGCUCUCCCCUGCUUCCUUCCUCUUCUUCCUGCGACAAUCUCCUCUGCUAAUGUCCUCUCUGAGGAAAAGGGCUCUGUAGUGCUUUUUAUUUAGGCUGUUGGUAGACCUGGUGAUGUUGUUUGUGGUGGGCAGGGUAGCCGAGUUACCACACUCAUGCUUGGGGAGAACCAACUUUUCUUCAAGACAACCAUCGAUAGUCCCAUCAAAAUACAGCAAAAACACAGCUCAUGCAGAUUCAGGAUGGCACAUAUGUAGAAGCUAUGAAUACGUGGUCCUUUUACAGCAGCUACACGUUUUGUUAUAGUUGCAUAUUUAUUCAAUACUUCCUUUUCUUAUUUGCUGUCAGUUUGGAAAUAAACUUUCUUUUUAAACAA